AUGACGUUCGGAAAUUUUACAGCAGAAGUGAGCAAGUGGAAAUUCAAAGAAGUUGGAACUUCUAUAUGGUUAGAAUCAAAACCGGGAGGCUGUGCGGAAAUAUAUAGUGAUUUGUUAUACAACAAGAAGAUCCAAGACCCGUUUCUUGAUAUGAAUGAAGAUCAGGUCCAAUGGGUAUCAAAAUGCCAAUGGGAAUACGAAACUAAUAUUGAAAUUCCUAGAAUAGAUAAUAAGGAGAAAUAUAAAUUAAUAUUUGAAGGUUUGGAUACAUUUGCAACCAUUUAUUUUAACAGCGAAGAAAUUCUUAAAACAGAUAACAUGUUCUUAAAAUAUUCAGUGUUUGUACAACCUAAACUUACAAACACUAUCCGUAUAGUAUUCGGUAGUGCUUUGAAUAUCUCUAAAAUGUAUGAGCAUAGACAUGGAAAACUAAAAUGUUGGAAUGGGGAUCCAAGUAGAGUGUAUAUUAGAAAGGCACAAUACCAGUAUGGUUGGGACUGGGGCCCUAAAUUAAUUAGUUGUGGGCCAUAUCGACCAACUUAUUUAAUAUCGUAUCAAUCUCAUAUAAACGAUUUCUACGUGCAUGGAGAUGUUCAUGAAGAUUUGAGUAUCGUUCUGGGGUAUAUAGAAACCGAUAUUGAGACGGAUACUCAGGUGGUUAUAUCCAUGGAAGUCCGUUCACCAGAUUCUAUUGAGACUGUAUUACAUUUAAAGAAGCCAGUACUGGGGAGUGGUAAAUUUCUACAAGAAUUUUCCAUUUUAAGUCCAAAAUUAUGGUAUCCAAGAGGAUAUGGAAGUGCUGCAUUGUAUCAUGUUACUGUCCGUUUAAUUUCCAAGACUGGCAAUAUUAUUUGCCAAGUUCACAAACACAUCGGAUUCAAGCGUAUUCAAUUAAUACAACACCCCUUUCUUGAACAAAGUGGGACAAGCUUUUAUUUACAAAUUAAUAACAUUCCCAUAUUUUGCAAAGGAUCAAAUUGGAUUCCAGCUCAUUCAAUACCUUCAUCCGUCAGUAAAACAGACUACAAACAAUGGCUAAAUUCGGCUGUCAAUGCCAACCAUAAUAUGAUUAGGGUUUGGGGUGGAGGAUACUAUGAGUCAGAUUUCUUUUAUAAUAAUUGUGAUCGAUUAGGAUUAUUAGUUUGGCAAGAUUUUAUGUUUGCUUGCGGUCAAUAUCCAGGUAAUCUCAAGUAUUUUGUUGAAUCUGUUUCCAAGGAAGUAGCAUAUCAAGUUCAACGUCUACGAAAUCAUUGCUCAAUUUCUAUGUACUGCGGAAAUAACGAAGACUACCAAAUUGCAGAAGCAUAUAAUCUACAAUGGGACAAGAAAAACCAUACAGGAGAUUACGCCAAAACAUCUUUCCCUGCUCGAACGAUCUAUGAAAAAAUCAUACCAGAAUUAGUAGCAAAAUAUCAUGUAGGAAUACCUUAUCACCCAGGCUCUCCUUGGGGAGGUGAAAAAACUUCAGAUCCUACAGUUGGAGAUAUACAUCAGUGGAAUGUAUGGCAUGGAACACGAGAAAAGUACCAAGAUUGGUACAAAUUGGGCGGCAGAUUUGUUUCAGAGUUCGGGAUGGAAGCUCUUCCUAGUUACAGUACAUUUAUGAGGUGUAUAUCAGAGAUAUCAGAGAUUUAUCCACAAAGUUUGGUUGUCGAUUUCCACAACAAAGCUGCUGGAUUUGAGAGUAGAUUAGCUCUGUAUAUGUUUGAAAAUAUCAGGCUUCGCACAAUGGAUAUGAAAUCAUGGAUCUAUGCAACUCAAUUGAUGCAAGCCGAAUGUCUUGGGUAUGCUAUACGAAGUUGGAGACGUAAUUGGAAGGGUAAGGGUAAGAGGUAUAUGGGUGGGAUCUUAAUUUGGCAGUUAAAUGACUGCUGGCCAGUUACAAGCUGGUCCUUGGUAGAUAACUUUAAAACCCCUAAACUAGCAUUCUAUGCUGCAAAGAGAGAGUAUAGAGCCAUUGCAGUCGGAGUUCAAAGACAAGGGAAUGAAUUACAGGUUUGGUGCGUCAAUGAUGAAGGUAGUAAAGAAAACAUUACACUCUCACUAGAUAUCUAUGAAGUCUUUUCUGGACAAUUGAUUGAACAUUAUGAAAUGUACAAUAUAACAUUGGAAGCGAAUCUGAGCUCCGAAAUCCUUUCAAAUUAUGAACUCCCUAGUGAUGGUCCAAUGGUAGCGAAUGCUUCUAUCAUUCACAAAGAUGAAGUUUUGGCAAAUUAUGGCGAUUGGCCGCAACCUUUAAAAUACCUUCAAUUUUGUAAGAGGAGUAUAAAACUUGAAGUAUAUGAUGGAUAUGUGGUAAUCUCUACUACAAUGCCAAUAAAGGGGAUAGAAUUAAUAACCGAGAAUAAUUUAUUUUUUGAAGAUAAUGGUAUGGACUUAUUUCCUAAUAAAGAGAUGACUGUUUCUUGCCCGGAGUUAAAACAUACAGAUACUGUCACCAUAAGACAUUACGAAUAA